AUGGAGGACGGUGCCUCGAGCCCGGAUCAGCGAGACAGCCGCGACAUCUACCUACCCAACCACAUCGAGGCGGUAUCUCACAUUGCAGUCGAUGUCGGAGGCUCGCUCGCAAAAGUCGUCUACUUUACCCGCUCGCGCACCAGCGAGUCCAUGCCAUCGUCACCCACCAUCGGCUCGCCAGUCCAUCCGAAUGCGCCGCUUCCGCCUCUCGCCGGCUCCUCCUCGACGCCCAACACACUGUCUCCUAAGGCCAGCACGUCUAGCUUUCGCUCACGGCAGCCCUCCGCCAAUGGCGCUCUCCCCAGCGGUUUCCGCACACCCCCUUCUCAGCACGAUCAUCCCAUCGCCUCCGGCACUUUGACCCCCACAGCCAUUCUCAAUUCUCCACAGAUCAGCUCAGCCUCCGCUUCAGCUAUUCACUCGACGCUUCUCAAGCGCCGUUCUCUCCCGGCAGCACUACCCGGUGGCAGGCUCAACUUUAUCAAGUUCGAAACCAGCGACAUCGACAAUUGCAUCUCUUUCCUACGCGAGCUCAUCGAACGUUCGGCUGCAGCCAACGGUGUUUCAAUAGAAGACAUGCGCAAAGGUGUCAAGCUCAUGGCGACAGGCGGAGGCGCGCAUCUUAUGUACGACCUGUUCGAGCAGGAGCUUGGCAUAGAGGUCAACAAAGAAGAUGAGAUGGGUUGCUUGAUCACCGGUCUCAACUUUAUCACCCUUAUACCAGACGAAGUCUUCUGGUACUCGGACGAGCUCGUAGCAGCAUUGCAUUCGCCGCUGCCCCAGAAUCCAGAAGCACGAGCAGAUGCGCAGGCGUUGCGAUCUUCUGUGCCACUUCAGCAUCCGCUACCCCGCCCUUCACCGAAUCCGCCGCUCUACGCACCUGUUUUUGACUCGCAUCCUUCGCCAAAGCUUCCCUGUCUGCUCGUCAACAUCGGCUCGGGUGUCUCGAUCAUCAAGGUCGACGACUUUGGCAAGUUUGAGAGGGUCUCGGGUACUUCUCUCGGAGGGGGCACCCUGUGGGGUCUCCUCUCGUUGCUGACCGAGGCAGAAAGCUUCGAUGAGAUGCUCGAGCUCUCGGAGCAAGGCGACAACGCAAAUGUCGACAUGCUCGUUGGUGACAUUUACGGAUCUGUCGGCCUCAACCAUCUCGGCCUCAAGAGUUCCACCAUCGCUUCCUCAUUCGGUAAAGUUUUCCGCAAGGAUCCAAGCUCGUCUGCGCCACGAAAUGCGGGAGAGCGCCGAAAGAAGUUCAAGUCCGAGGACAUUUGCAAGUCUCUCCUGUACGCCAUCUCGAACAACAUCGGCCAGAUCGCAUACAUGAAUGCCGAAAAGUACAACCUCGACCGUAUCUAUUUCGGAGGUUGUUUCAUCCGCGGUCACCAGGCCACCAUCAGCACCCUCUCGUAUGCCAUCCGAUUCUGGAGCAAAGGGACCAAGCGUGCCUUCUUCCUGCGCCACGAAGGCUACCUCGGCGCCAUCGGCGCGUGGAUCAAACACGUCUCGCAGGAUCCCGCCUCUUCUGCGUCCAACCUGCGUGCCGUUGCGCAAGCUAUGGGCGCUGGCAUAUACGGUACAGGGGCAGCAGGUCGAUCGACACCCUCGGUACCUUCGGGCUUGGGUCGCUCUGUGUCGCCGGCAUCGUCCUCGGAUGAGCCGGUCAAUUGGGCACAGAUCCAGGAAGCAGCACUGCAGCCACCGGUUCUCAACGGCGAUGGAUUGCCCGAGCCAGCUGUUACAAAGGGAUCAGCGGUACUCACGAAUCCUCUCUUGGCGCAUCUGCAGAAUGACGAGGCCGCCUCCCAACCAGCAGACAACAAGACGCCGACACAAGAAUCGACGCAGCAAGAGAAGCAGCUGGGCACUCAGGAAUCGGAUCUUGACUUUCUCAACGGUCUGAUGUCUCAACAGAGCCAAUCUACGCUGUCGCAUUCGCAUCAAGCAAAUGGCCUCGUCGAUCCGGAGGAGCCAGACGAGGAGGAUGAUACACUUGGCAAGGACGAAGCAGCCCAACUCAACGAGAUCCUCACAUCGCUCAAAUCACUUCAGAUACCCACGAGCGAUGGUGCGGAUCCGGCGGUGGCGCAGUCGGAGCGCAAUGAGAUCCUGAGCCUGCUAGCCAAUCUCGAACAGACGGAGCACGUGGUGGGUGGAUUAGAGGGCAAGCUCGACAGUCUGCUCUCGUCGCUCGAUUCGUUGAUUGCCAACCAAGAGGCUCAGGAGUUGGCUCAGCAGGCUGUCAACCGCGCAAGCUAG